GAAACGAGAAUCAUUUCUUUCAAUGCCGUGUUUUAAUGACAAUCAGGCUGUGGGGAGUUGACUGGGGCUCUGCUGCUCUGCAUGUGCACGGCUCCGGUUUAAAUGGCGAGGAUAGCUAGUUUAAUUUAAAGGGAUUCAGGGCAUAUCACUGCCACGAUCGGCAAAUGCAGCUGUUGUGACUGCUAAAAAUACACGCAGCUUGGCAGAUUUGUCGCUGGAGCUUGGAAUCGUUUGGUUAGCGAGGUAGGGGGUGGGGGUCUCCUCGUGUUGCUGGGACCGCAGUGUAGACUUAGUUAUCCGGCCCUGCAGAGGAAGGAGUAGAUUUGCAUUGGAAGCAGACCCAAGCCUCCCUUAAGUGUGGCAGUCCGUGAUAAGAUGGGGGAAGCUGUGGCCAACGUGGCCCGAAGAAUCAAUGAGACCGUGGAAGAGCAGAAAGACACACUGGAUCUUUCAAACUGCAAACUGAUUAGUUUUCCAGAGGGAGUCUUCAAAGUACUAACGACUGUAAAUGACAAGAUUCUUGUCAUCACAUUAGCAAACAAUGAAUUGAAAGCUAUUUCUAGCAAGUUUUUCACCACCUUUACUCAGUUAAGAGAAUUGGAUUUAGAAGGUAACGUCCUCAGCAAGCUCCCAGAUUCAGUGGGUGAGAUGCAGCAUCUAACAAACAUAAACCUGGCAAGAAACAGGUUUUCUUUGUUUCCCGAAAAACUGGCAGAAAUCCAAACCCUUGAGAAAAUCAGUUUGGAAGGAAAUGAAAUCACCGAGGUGCCGGUCGGGAAGCUCACCUCCAUGCCUGCACUCCAGAGUAUCAACAUGAAAUCCAACCCGCUGGACAAAGGCCUCUUUGCUGCCGUUCGACCGUCCCUUAAAUUCGAGCUGCUAACAACAGACGACGAAUAAGAAGCAUGUUUGGUCUGAGCUGCAUUUGCAUGGGACAAGAACCAGAAACUUCAUUUUCAAGAUGCCUUAAGUGAUUUUUUUGAUGAGACCUUAUUUAUUUUGCUACUGAGUGAAACAUGAAUGUUCAUUAUGUAUUUUAUAUUCUGCGUGUUGUUUAUCUUCCAUUGUGGACUGUGAGAUCGAUGCCAGUAUGACAAUAUGAUGGAAAUGAAAUACGUUUGUUGAACUUAUCUAGGCAUAUGUCAGAUGGAAGUUUGCUGUAAAACCCAUCAAAAUGGGCUUUAGACUUUGAUAAACUCCAGAGAGGAACUUGCCUAGAGCAGGUUUAAACUUUGGCUUGGAUUGAAACUCUGAAUCUGUCUAAUUGUGCUCUAUAGUUGAACUUAAAUUGACUCAUAACGCUGACUCUAAGUAUGUGCUGCCCAAGCUGUUCAAACAAAUGUUCUCCAUAAAGAAACGCUCCAUCAUUUAUCACAAGACAUAUUGCUAUUGUCCGAUAAACUGCAGGAAAAUGUUUUAGCCUUUGAAUUUGUAUUGGGUUUCUGCUUGGGGGAAUAAUGCAACAUUUAGCACUGUUUUGAGGCCUGGACAGUUCUUUGUUUUUCAUGCCUUGACAACUGAGAAUUCAAUUGCAUGUAUGAAGAUGACUGGAUUUUACCUCAUAUAAAAAAAAUGAAAAACGUUAUAA